CCGGCGACCUCGGGCCCCCUCAGACCGUGGCCCGCGGCCUCCGCGACGCAGCUUUGUUAGGUUUGCGCUGCGCUGCGUCACGCUGGGCACCUAGCAAACCCCUUGCCAAGCAAACCAGAUAGCACAUAAUUAGACUUUGUGAGCUAAAAUCAAUUCUCGACCCCCGAAGAAUCGAGAUCAUGAUGCAUCACAACGGCUCGGGUGGGAUCCUCGCGGGCCUGGCAUGGUGUAUUUGUCCUUCAAAGUCCCCCCCUCUCUCUUUGUGGCACAUCUCGCUGCACCACAAAACACAUCGAAUUCUCCGCUCUCCGAGAUCCCUUCGACGACUUAGGUAAUCAUGCCUGACCAGUCCGCCCAGUUGAAUCCGCUUUCGUGCAAACGAUGCAAACACAGAAAGGUCCGGUGUAGUCGUGGCAUGCCAACAUGCGAAAGAUGCAAAACCCACGAGACAGAGUGCGUCUAUCCUCAAAGAGUCAAGAGAAAGGUCACUCGGACCUUGACGGACCGUCUGUCCCUUGGCGAUUCCAGCACGACGGAUGACGCCCUGUCGACCAUACUCGAAAGGUUACAGCGCGUCGAGAAGCACUGCACAACCAUCCCGAAUGGAAACCAAGAUCCGGAAUCCCGAGACGGGCCCCCUGCUUCCGUGGCUACUGAUCCGCCCGCUGCCGCCCCGCCGCCCCGACAACGCACUUCAAGCUCCAACAGCGCCCCAUCCAACUUGUCGUCUCCCGCUCCAUCCAGUGUUGCCGGUGGGCAGGCAACUUCACCGUGGACGUCAUUCGCCACGCCGAGUGCGAUUCCUGAACUCGAUGUCGCGGCCAUUCUUAAGGAUGCCGUCGAUCAAGUGCAACGACUGAGAUUGCAGACUGUGUCUGCUGCCGUCGUCACUCAGGACGUCAGGGUCCCUCCUGAGUUGGCUAAGCAAUGGAUCAAGAACUAUUUCACGCACAUGCAUACGGACAUGUUCCUCAGUCUCGUGAACCCAAGACUCAUAGAGAUGAUCCCGGAUCUCCUUGGACUACCGCAUGUCCACCUAGAUCCGGCUAUUUUGGUCGUGUACUAUGGAGUUCUGUACCACGGCUGUGCUCUAGGCUCGACCGUACAGGCAAAUGAGGAAGGACAAAAGUACAUCCGGAUGCUCUACGUAUGCUGUCUUCGAACUCUACCACUUUGGCAACGCGAGGCAACAGGGUCUACGACCGACCUCAUCGCCGCUCUCACCAUGUGCCGCACGGCAGCUGAGUGUUUUGACGAAGAAUUGGCUUGGAAGAUGUACAUCUACGCCUGCGAGUACGCACAAGCACUCAACCUGCACAACCUCGACGCCUACACCACGGCGAUUGGCCAGGACGAGAGUAAACUCGAUGCCGAUCGCAAGGGUUUCUGGGAAUUGAUCCAGAUUGACUUCUUCUUCAGGUUACUGUUCAAUCGCCCGCCGGCCAUCACGGACAGCAUGAAUACGUGGAAGGUCAACCUGCCAUGGCUAUCAUCUGGUAGCGCGCCGCCGGACCUCAAUGCUGUCCCGACGGUGACGUUCCUCAUGGGGUCAAGGCUUACAUUCAUUCUGUCGCACUUUUUUCAGGACCUUGAGUCUCCAGAUUGCGACGAAGCCACCAUUCGGCCGAAAGCUGAGGAGUACUGUCGAGAGAUUGGCCAGCUCUUUGAUGAGUAUCAGAUUGAAGACUGGAUUCAACGAAGUGUAGCAACGGCCGCAAAAGCCGACUGCUGGUUGCUGGGCGAUGUAGCCAUGACCGGGUAUACCUACAUCAUCUUCAUCCUGCGCAAACUCGCCGUCCUCAGCUCUAACUCUCCGCGCCCCGUGUCUUGCGACGCGGACAUUCCAGACUCCCCGCUAGCCGUUGAGGCCUCGCGGGGCAUGCUAAGGAUCGUGCGGGCUAUCCUGGUGCACAAUCCCUAUCCUGAGACCAUGUGUGUACUGCUGGGCAUUUACCGCGCCUACGUCUCGUACGCUUGCCUCUUGAACCACAUUCUUCGAGCCGUUGAUGUAAGGAGUCACUACGACGAUAUUGAGCUGCUGGAGGAGGUCGGGGAAGUGAUGCUCAAGGGGUCUAGGGACGAUCGGGACUUUAUACCGUUAUUGAGGGCUAUACAGAGUCUCGGCAUGGAGGUCAAGAGGCGGCUGAAUGACGUUGCGGCUACGGGGUCUGUCGCGACUGCUUUGACUCCGGCGAUGAGUUUAGGGAUUGGAGCUGGAUUUUGACAUGUGACUACACACGUGUCGGUAUCUCAAUGAUGAGUGGCCAAAAAGGAAUGACUGGACGGACUUAAUGCCUUGCCUGAAUACCUUUGCUUUUGGAUGGAUUGGGCAGCUUGCGUUUGAAUGAUGAUUGUAUUAUAAGAGUACGUAAUACUUUGCGAGAGAUUGUAUCUAUGAGAUUAUGAAUGUUGAAAAAUUCAAUACGUUCCG